AUGUGGAAAGGAGUAUACAUUGCAUUGGUCUUGAUCUGCAUCGCGCUGUCUAUCGUGGGAAUUGUUUUAAUGUACAUGCGCUAUGCAGAGUGCAACUCAAACAUACUGUUUAUCUCAAUUACGCUGGUAUCGAUGAUUGUUCUAAUUGCGUUAAGCGUCGUCAAGUGGGUAAACGUGGGCCUUCUGCCAUCUACUGUGGUUUCCCUUUACCUCGUAGCAUUGUGCUAUCAGGCAGUUCGAGCGAACCCAUGUGCUGCAUGUUUUUCGUUGCCUUUAUCAACCUACGAGAAGGAUCAGAAUCAACCAGGCAUGAUCAUGAACUCGUUAAUCGCAGCGUUCACGAUUACCUGGACAAGUUGGCGAACAUCAGCGACUAAUACCGCUUUUUUCGGCUCGUCGUCCGUGUAUAAGCAGUCUGACAACAUUCUCGAUGAAGAUGACGAGCUAGCGAGUAUUGGUCUGGUAUCUGCUCGAAUUGCUGAGGAUGAUCAUCUUGAGGUUGAGAUAGUACCCCAGUACCAAUUUCACGUGCUAAUAAUACUGGCGUCGCUUUACAUGGCAAUGGUUCUUACAGACUGGGGAAGCGUCGACGGGUAA